AUGGCGGCUACGGCAGCGAAGGCUAGUUGGCUGUUGAGGCUCCGUGGGGCCGGAUCUGAUUGCCGAUGGAUCCGGCUCCCUAGCACGGGGCUGUCGCGUGGCUUCCUGCAGCCCUCCUCGGCCGGCGCAGACGGCUGGGACGCAAUCCAGAGGCGGCAGGUUUCUCACUUUACUUUCCAGCCUGACCCGGAGUGCCGAGAGUACGGGCAAACUCAGAAAAUGAAUCUUUUCCAAUCAGUAACAAGUGCCUUGGAUAACUCACUGGCAAAAGAUCCUACUGCAGUAAUAUUUGGUGAAGAUGUUGCCUUUGGUGGAGUCUUUAGAUGCACCGUUGGCUUGCGAGACAAAUAUGGAAAAGAUAGAGUAUUUAACACCCCGUUGUGUGAACAAGGAAUUGUUGGGUUUGGAAUUGGAAUUGCAGUUACUGGUGCUACUGCCAUUGCAGAAAUUCAAUUUGCAGAUUAUAUUUUCCCUGCGUUUGAUCAGAUUGUUAAUGAAGCUGCCAAGUACCGCUAUCGCUCUGGGGAUCUUUUUAAUUGUGGAAGCCUCACUAUCCGCUCUCCCUGGGGCUGUGUAGGUCAUGGGGCUCUCUAUCAUUCUCAGAGUCCUGAAGCUUUUUUUGCCCACUGUCCAGGAAUCAAGGUGGUUGUACCCAGAAGCCCUUUCCAGGCCAAAGGACUUCUUUUGUCGUGCAUACAGGAUAAAAAUCCUUGUAUAUUUUUUGAACCUAAAAUACUGUACAGGGCAGCAGUGGAACAGGUUCCUGUAGAACCAUACAACAUCCCGCUGUCCCAGGCUGAAGUCAUACAGGAAGGGAGUGAUGUUACUCUAGUUGCCUGGGGAACGCAGGUUCAUGUGAUCCGAGAGGUGGCUUCAAUGGCACAGGAAAAGCUUGGAGUGUCUUGUGAAAUAAUUGAUCUGAGGACUAUAAUACCUUGGGAUGUGGAUACAGUUUGCAAGUCUGUAAUCAAAACUGGGCGGCUGCUGAUCAGUCAUGAGGCUCCCUUGACAGGCGGCUUUGCAUCGGAGAUCAGCUCCACAGUUCAGGAAGAGUGCUUCUUGAAUUUAGAGGCUCCUAUAUCAAGAGUAUGUGGGUAUGACACACCAUUUCCUCAUAUUUUUGAACCAUUUUACAUCCCAGACAAAUGGAAGUGCUAUGAUGCCCUUCGGAAAAUGAUCAACUAUUGACCACAUAGAAAAUUGGAAGACUAUGAAUAGAUAUAGAAAUAUUUUUCUGAAAUCUUUUGUAUUUCCUCAGACAUCUCUCUUCUUGAAAAUGUAAUUUUUAUGAAAUAAACCAUCUUGGAUAUUGGCUAAGGAGUUUCAAUUUGAGUUAUUGUAUCAAAACAUAUAUUCAUGACUUUCAUUGAAAUUAUUUCAGAUUAAAUUUUUAAAUGUUAUACAUAUACAUGCUAGUAUUAUAAAUUUUGUUUAAUUAUAUAUGUAAAUAUUGGGUGUGGGACAGUAUUCAAUAAAGGAAAAUCAGAUUGUC